AUGUCUUCUUCUAACGCCAGCCAGCAGAGAGAUAGAAUAUCUACACAGCAAUACCAAUGUGAUCAAUGUGUCUUGUUUUUUGAUAACUACCAGAAGCUGCAAAACCACAAGAGAAUUCACAGAGGAGAUUCAGCAAGAAUGACUGAAAUUGACCAGUCUAUUCUGGAUGAUGUUGACAUGUACCAUGACGAAAAUGAUACUAGUAAUGAAGAUGAAUCUGUUAGCAAUUCAGAAUAUACUAUGGAGUCUAUGGAGCUUGAUAAUACUAUUUCAUAUAAGUGCGCAUGUAAUUUUGAGGACAGUGAGGGUGAAGCUCACAUUUACGACAGCAGCCGAAUCAGUACAAAUACUUUUACCAAGGCCGAGUUGAUGAGUAUUCAUCUGUCUCAAUUGAUGCUACAGCAUAGAAUUGCUAGAGCAGCAUAUAGAGACAUUGUUCAAUUUAUAAACACUGUCAUCCGAGACCAUGACAAUAUAAUGAUGGAACCUGGGGGUAAGAUCAGUCAUGGUGAAACUGUUGAUGCUUUGCUCAAGUCAAAAUCAAGUGUCAAGGGCCAUGAGUAUGAUGUCUGCUCUAGUGGUUGUCGAUUGUAUGGCAUUAAUGACGACCAGGAAUCUUGUGUUGACUGCAGCAAACCGCGAUACAAGACUGAUCCCGAUCAAAGUCAGACACCAGCCGCCAGUAUGAAACUUAUGUCAGUUGGGGAUAUGCUUUCUCAAAUGUUGGCAGAUCCAGCCACAAGAGAACUCCUCUGUUACAGAGCAAACCGGGAAUCUGUAGCUGGUCAGCUAACCGACAUUUUUGAUGGUGACAAUUACAAGCAGUUGGUGCAGCAGGGCCUGUUCUCCAAUCCUGAUGAUAUUGCCAUUGGGCUUUAUACCGAUGGGUUUGUCAAUCAAAAGAAAGGCAAAAACUCAUAUACCAUCAUCCAUUGCAUAAUAUUCAACCUAGACCCAUCCAUCAGAUAUACCAACAAAUACCUUUUGCAACUACGGCAUGGCAUGUACUUUGAUGACAUUUCCACCCGGUUAAGACCUUUGGAAGACUUCAAAGUAGGCAACCCUUCGAAGAACAUAUACCAGCCAAGCAUAUAUACCCAACUCUCAACCUUCUCUAAAUCAUCAUUUUUUGCAUUAGAUGAACUUCAUUUAAUUGCAAGAGGGAUUGAAAAGCUUGUGUAUGACCUGAUUACCGUCACCCUUACAAAGGAAACCAAAUUUUAUUAUACCCAUUCAGACAAUACCCUCAAUAUCACCAAAUACCCUUUUUAUAAACCAAAAGCAAACCUUGUAACAAUUGGAAACUGUAUCACCAGCUCACGAAAAUAUAUACCCACCUCAUUUCAAGGCAGUUUCAACAACGUAUUUGCCAAGAUCGAUGGUACUCGCGCAGUGGACUGGCUUGACUUUCUCUUAUACCUUGUCCCCACUUUGGUCGUGCCUUAUUUACCAAAUAGGGCUGUCAAAACAGCUCUAUUAUCUCUUGUGAAAGAUACUUCAAGCACUGGCACUCGUUUUUAUACUAACAAUGUUUUCCGACCAGUGCAACAUUACCUGGUCCAUAUACCCUAUAUCAUCAAGCAGCAAGGCCCCCUGCGAUGCUACUCCACUCGCUCAAUGGAGAGAGUAAUUGGCAUCUUCUCGAAAUUGAUAAAGUCCAAAUCAAAGGGUGGCCGAAACACCAGUUUUCUCGUCGAGCGAUUUGCGAUUCACAAUUAUACCAGCAUGGCAAUCAGCAUCUGUGAUGAAAUCAACCUCAUUUGGCCAAAGCCAUAUGGAAGAGAGAGCUACAUGGACCUUCCUAAUGAUCCUAGUGGUGCGCAGUUGUGGGAGCCGUUUCAUCAGUUUGUUAAUUUGAACAAUGAUUCGGUGGAAGGUGUAGGCGGCCCUAGUGUGAAGGAAGCUUUAUUGAAAUACUACCGGAGAACAACAGGCUUGACUGGCCACGAGUUUGGUGACUCUGUUGUUGUUGUAGCUGCACGUCUGUGGAUGGACUCAACUGUAUAUUCCUCAUGCAUGUACCGAAGAAAGAAAAACAAGACCAGCCAUGGCAACCAUUACAUGAUGUUUACUUGCCCCUAUAGAAACAACCGUAAUGUAAUUGUUCACAGCUGGCUCAUUGGUACAGUACAGUUCUACUUUCAGCAUGUAGAUUUCUAUGGCUUCCCACACUUUCUUGCUUUCGUGGAGGUCAUGAAGGAACAUGACGCAGCUGGUCAUGACUCAUCAGUACCUAUCGUCAAACAACGGUCACAAAGCACCUGUACACUAGGCCACCAAACGCAACCGACUUAUGCAGUUAUAAGUGUAAAUGACAUUUGUCAUCAAGUUGGUCUGUUAUGUGCCUACUUUCGGCCCAACUGCCAUUCAUCCCACCGUAGUGCUCAAGUAUCAUUAUUGUAUGAGCUCGUUGAUUCAUUUCCAACUCUUUCCACUGCAACAACUGCUAUUCCUGCUGUCUCUGCUGUGCCGUACUUGUUGACCACUUCUUCUGGCUUUAAUUUGAAGACCUUCAUUGAUUCUGCUGAAGUGACCAUCGAUAAUGUCAAAGGCAAUGAGCCAUUACCUCCGUCUGCUUUCUCUCUCAGUCUUGGUGAGUUUGUGCAAAUGCAAGAAGAUGAGUAUGCCCAUCUGUUUGAAUAUUAUCGCAUGACAUAUUGUGAUGCUUUACUGAGAGGUUACCAAGAUGCAAUUUUUGGUCAACUUUUUGUGAACAGCAUGAUUCAAAAGAUGCAGUCAAUAAAUGUUUUUGUUGUACAAGCCAUGUUUCAUGAAAACAAUGAUUGUGAAAUGAGCACGUUUACUGGCCAGAUCCAAUAUCUUUUUGUCAGUGAUAUCAUCAACCCAGUUACGUACCAAGCGGACAGACAUACAUUUGCAUAUGUCAGGUGGUAUAAAACGUCUAGCCAAGAUACAAGAAGUGAGCAGUUUGUGGAGAUGAGCAAAUUUUCGUUUAUAAGAAGCGAUUUUCAAAACAUCUUAUCUGUUCACUGCAUAUUGAUACCUGCUGCCAUUGGUGUACAUACAACUGCCACCGGUAAUACCCAUAUGCUCAUUGCCCCUUUAUAUAGAAAAAUUUAUGCAUAA